UACAAAUUAUGAAUAGCUAUUUACAUUUCAAACUUGGAUAAUUAGUUAAUUACACAUUAAUACGAAUUUUUUGGGAUUAAGUUUUUGUCUAUCACUAAGUUACUUUCUUGUACAAAUAUAAUAAUAUAAUAAUCACUCUGAAUAUUGAAUUCUGUGACUGAUAAUUUAAGACAGGACCGCAGGAAGGCCAAAAUAGUGAAAAGGCCGCGGUCCAUAGCGAAGCGUGGCACAAGCACGCUGGAUCCAAUAUCCAUGAGCAAAACGUCGUCGGUUAAGCGUGCCUUCUUAAUCGCAGUCGGAUUCGGAGUCGGAACUGAGAAUUACGACUUGUUCACAGAGACACACGACACAAUGCAGGCUGGUAGAACUAGAACCCAUCCGGGCCGGCCACUACUGAGAUCAAGCGACGGUCUUCGAAAGAGCUCUCUACGAAGGUAAGUCUCGCCCCCUUUUUCAUCUGCAUUCCUCUCCUUUCGAUUCCUCCAUUGAUCUCUCCGUGUACCUCAUCAGCCAUGUUUGACGUUCGCCUCGAACAGAACCUAAUUAUGCAGCCCUGAAACAAACCCUAAUGUGUGGCCUGCUUACCUAAUUUCAUAUAAUCGAACGUUUACGGUGUCUGAUUUUGCAUCUGAAGCCUAUGCCGUAUGGCUACUAUGUCAGCUUCCGAUCUAUGUCAGAGAUUUAGCAAGAAUGUGAUGGUUCUGUAUUCAGUCCGUUCUAUGUAAUUAAGGCCGUAUUCUGCCAAUUGGGUUUAUUCGCUUCUUUUGUGGUGCCUCUAUUGUAGGGUGAGGAGAAUGAAUGAUUGAACAAUGAGUAUGUUGUUUGGCAAAUUUGAAAUGCAGGGUUUUAACAUAAUUGUUCCCCUCAAAGCCUGCUUUAACCAUUUUUGGGUUCCGUUUACAGGGUUUUAAGUGGUUAGAGACUUAAAGUUAUACCAACAUGGCAACAGAUGACUCAAACGCAGAAGCUGCUCCAGCAGCUGUGUCUGCAGGCAGUGAGACUGAUACCCAUGCUACUAAUGCCAGCCAGAAACUUGGACUAGUUUACCGCUGCAAGAAGUGCCGCAGGAUUGUUGCAUCCGACGACAACAUAGUACUUCAUGAGCGUGGGAAGGGCCAAGAAUCAUUCAAAUGGAAAAAAAGAAGUGGCGGCACCAUUGAGAAGACACCAACUGCUGUUGAGUGCUCCUCCAUUUUUGUUGAGCCUAUGAAGUGGAUGCAAACAGUGCAGGAAGGCUUUGUGGGGGAGAAACUUCUAUGCAUGGGAUGCAAUGCGAGGUUGGGUUCAUUCAACUGGGCAGGGAUGCAGUGCAAUUGUGGGGCUUGGGUUAAUCCUGCUUUUCAACUACACAAAAGUAGAUUAGAUGAGUGCCCCAUAUGACUGAAUCGUGGGAGUUAUGUAUAGCUAUAGGUAUGGCGGCUGUGGAAGUGAGAAGUAGCUGUGGUUUGCAGGUUAAUAGUAGUUUGUCUCGCUGAUGUUGGGGCCAUGGCCCUCGUGGAAAUGUGGUUGAUAAGGUGGCUGCUCUGAUUCUUCUCGGCUAUAUGGAUGUCUUUAUAUUUUCUUAUAAAUAGUUAUUGUGGAAAAGUUGCAUAGGAAUUUUGUGGAACGGGGCUGAAGAACAUAAACAGGAUGUCUUUGAUAUUCCCUGCGAAUAACCUGGCCUGGAUGCACUCCUGCUGGGCCCCCCAAGAGAGUUGGUGGGUUGGGAAUACAGGAUUUGAGGAUUA